AUUCAAGCAGCCGUGAGCAGUUGUUUUGGCGAUUUCGUGCUGGCGAAGAAAUCCUCGCUUCGGCUGUUUUAAUCGUAAAUUGCUCAGUAAAAUAAGACAAAAUAUAAGUACGAUAACGUUAUUUUUCAGGACAACGAUGGGAACGUUAACGGAUGAAGACGCAUCCAAACUAUCCCGGAUAGAAUUACGCAAGCAGAAGCUUGCAGAGUACUUGUUGGCGAAAGGCAGGUUUAAACCACCCAAUCCAAAGCCUUAUCUUAAGGAGAGUGCAGUUCUGAAGAAGCCUCCAGGAGCUAUGCAGAGGUCUCAGGCUUCAGGCAAAGGAAAGGAGAACAAUGCCCCAAGUGAAACAGGUGUGAAAAAAGAUGUAAAGAUGAGAGAUGCCCUGACGGAGAAGAAUAAAAACACUGAUGCUUCAAAAAAGGAGUUGAGAACCCUGUCCAAAGCUCCUUCUGGCACUCUUCAGCAUUCCACCCUCAAAUCCACUGUGUCUAAAAGACCCAUGCAACAUUGCAGAACACAUUCCAAAGGAACAUCUACUAUCAGGAAUAUCUCUAUUAAAGACCAGCAAACAAAAACAACUGUUCACACAGUUUUUGGGACACACAAACACUCUCAGACUGUUAAGAUCACUCGAGAAUCACAGAUUAGACAAGCAGAAACCACUCAUGGGAUCUCUUCUAUCAGAGCACAUACAAACACUGCCAAGACAGACCAGCCAAAGAAGCAGUUUGUUCAUAGAAAGGAAUUUUGUUCUGAUAAAGUGACUUCCAGAAGUCAGAUUAAAUGUCCCACAGCAGCAGAGCCACUGCGAAACAUGGCGUCAAGCAGGACUGAGGCAAAAGCAAUGACAGAAGCACAGACUAGAUUCCCACAGAUGUCCACCAGUAAGAUGGGUGUAGCAAGACCAUGGGUUAGUCAUGAUUUAGGCAAAGAUUGCAGUGGCACUGUAAAGAUCAAUAAACCUCUGGUCAGGAAUUCACAGGCAGGAAAAGGCAGGUCAAAAACAACUUGGAAUAAGUCACUUUCUCAAACAAACGAGCCAGGAAAAAAAACAGGUUGCACUGUUUCGCAAAUAACAUUAUCUACCACAGAUAAGCAAAGAUUGAGUCUUUCGAAAAAAGGUUCUAGUACUGCAGCUGUUUCCAAAACAACAAAAUUGACCGCAGCAGACAGUAAAAAUGCACUUCCACGUCAACAGUGCACCUCGGCUAAACUGCCCCCAAAACCCACUGUUCACGCUUCAGUGCCACAGAGUUUUCCACACCAGUCCAAGGACUCCAGCAACACCAAGGGGACAGAGCAGCUCAAGACCCCCAAAUCAAGGUUCAACCCUGGGACCCAGGGUGUUAGGACUGUCCCUCUGGAUGGAAGAAAAAAGCCAUCUGCUGCUCAGGAAGAAAGACUGCGUAAACUGCAGGAGUGGCGAGAAUCAAGAGGCAUAACAUAUAAGCGUCCUCCGAUGCCUGUUAAGCCAGUGAGGAGGAAGACUACUGCUAUUCUUCCUCAGAGUUACUGGACUACUAUAGAACAGGAAGAUGAGGUCCACGGCUUCGUCUGUGCUGUGGACCAGUCACUGAACGACUGCAUCAAACUUCUACAGCAGGGUUGUCCUGUGGACCAAGUGAGAGAUGUUGUGACUCGGCUGCCAAUGGCAAGGAAAUUUGCCAAAUACUGGAUAGUCCAAGUCAGGCUGAUGGAGAGAGAGGGAAACCUUGACGUUCUGCCAACGUUUGAGGAGGCUGUUCGUGUUGUCAGAGAGCCUGUGGACGAACUGCGCUCUGUGGUUUUUGAGAUCCUGAAAAAGAAAGAGGCAGAAGGUUCAUGUUCCACUCCGGUACAGAAAGAGAAGGAAGUGCAUAGUGAGGAAGAGGGAAAGUCCCGUUGUGACAUGCAAACCCCAAAACCUGUUGGUGCAUUGAUCCGUGGUGCAAAGGGAGACUCAUCUGUAAUAAAAUACAAGAUCACAGCUACUCCAGGCGGAAAAAGGAGUCAGCAGAGGGAGAAAUUGCAGCGGGUUAAUGGCCAUGAAAUUCGUUUCUUUACUCCAGUACGCCGUUCACUGCGAAUCGAGAAAACUGGUCCUCGGUACCCAGCGGCCCUGCAGGAGCACGACCCCUGCGUGACCUCUCUCCAAGACCUUUUGACUGAUGGUGAAAGUGAGGUUGACGGCACACAUGCAGUAGAGCCACCAGACUCCCCGCUCUAUGUGUACCGUGAGAACGAAGCCCUGAAAGAGCAUGUUCAGAUUGAACUGGUUUAUGAGGAGGCAGAGGUGUAACUAUGAUUCCUAAUAGAUGUCAUCCUGCUUUAAAACUGCAUUUUCUACGUCAGCCUGAAUGUCUGAACUAAGCAGUAGGUUUGAACAAUCACUGAAGGAGGGAAAUGAUUCAUACUUCCUAGUGACUCGCAUUCAGCGGUAAUGAGUGAAAGGUCAUGUCGUAACCAGCCCAGAUAUCCCAAGUCUUGCUCAGAGCAAUAAUGGGAAAGAGGAGGGUCUUGUACAUUGUUGAUUUCUUUUAAUCCUUUACAGGGAGUAUGUAAUUCUGUACAAAGCUUUGGGGGUGACUUGUCUGUGGGACAACAGUGCACUUUUGAGUGAAAUAAAUAAUGUUUUUAUGGUUAUACAGUGCUUUUUGUGAUUUCUUUUGUGGUAGUGUUUGAGUGUAUGUCGUAGUUAAUCAAUAAACAAUAUUCACUAACGAA